UCAUCUCUUCACUUGGGCGUUGGACUCCGCAUCUUAUUAGCAACAAGGGGAAUUUCUCCAUUUUGCAGCCUGUCUACAGCGACACGGCCACCAAUCUGGGAUUGUAUUACUUCUCCCUACCUGUCAGCUUUUUCCUGCUAUUUUUUGAAAAAACAAAAAAAACAAAAUACCUUCUACAACUGGACUUUGCUUUUCCCCCCGUGAACUUUUUUUUCCUCUGUGCAGACAGAGGGAGACAUCAGCGAAGAGCUUUGCGUUUCAACAAAGAGGCUUGCGAGUCUUUGUUCGGGUUCUUUUUUUCUUGUGGAAUCGGUUGAGUUUCUUUGUUGGAGCGAAAAAAGCAUGGGAGCGCAAUUGUCCAAGACAGCUGGAAAGGCUGAAACCGCGGCGGAGAAGCCCGGAGAGAUUGCUGCUUCUCCCACCAAGACCAACGGACAGGAAAACGGCCACGUUAAGGUGAACGGGGACGCGUCUCCUGCAGCGGCCGAGAACGGCAAAGAGGAGGUGCAGGCCAACGGCAGCGCCGCGGCCGAGGAGAGCCCCAAGGAGGACGCCAAACCGGCCGAGGCGGCCCCCGCCGAGAAGGAAGCUGCGGAUGGGGAGACGGUAGAGGCAGCAUCCCCUGCUCCUGCUGAAGGAGAGGAGGCGGUGUCGAAGACUGAGGACGGCGCCACGCCUGCCGCCAGCAACGAGACCCCCAAGAAGAAGAAGAAGCGGUUCUCCUUCAAGAAGUCGUUCAAGCUCAGCGGCUUCUCUUUCAAGAAGACCAAGAAGGAGACGGGCGAUGGAGCGGAGAAUGAGGAGGAGGCGGCCGUAGCAGUGGCAGCAGCGGCCACAGAGGAGGCCAAGCCUGAGAGCGCAGAGGGAGCGGAGGCAGCGAGUGAGGAGGCCAAGCCCGCCGCCGCCGAGGGGGAGGCUGCACCCGCAGCCGAGCCCGCCAAGGUCGAGGUACAGGCCGAGCCAGAGGCGGCUGCAGCGCCGGCCGAAAAACCCGCCGAGGAGACCAAGGAGGCGGCGCCCGCCGAGGCGCCAAAGGCAGAAGAGCCAAAGGCAGAGGAGAAGCCGGCCGAGGAGAAGCCGGCCGAGGAGGCGCCAAAAACAGAUGAGGCCGCCCCGGCCUCGCAGGAAGCAGCGUCAGCCGAGGCUCCGGCGGCCUCGGCCGAAUAACCUCGCAAAGGAA